AGGAUUGGCCGAGCUUAAUGGUUUCACGUGCACCCCGUUGUAGGCUAAGUCCCCCCGAGAAGUCAUCUUCAAUACAUCAACAAAAGAAAGUUGCAUGAAUCAUAGUGAUUCAAGUGAUAAGUCAACACUGGCAAUCAUAUCAUACCCACCAAAUACACCAACCAGUAACCAAAACACAAAACAGAACCAAUAAUUUCCAUGGAUCAAUCUAAAACACAAACCAAUCUCCCAGAGCUCCUAGUCAUUAACCCAUCCCCAGUAUUCAUAAUCCACCAACAACAAUUCUCACAAAAAUUCAAACUCCUCAAAGCAUAUGAAUCUCCACUCUCCACAGACCUCUUCCUACAGACAAAUGCACAGUCCACUAAAGCCCUCAUCUGCUAUGGCAAAAGCCCAGUCACAACCAACAUACUAAAUCUUCUCCCUUCUCUUCAGCUAGUUGUCACUGCUAGCACUGGAUUCAACCAUAUUGAUCUUGAUAAGUGUCGAAGCCGGGGUAUUGCUGUUGCUAAUACACGUGAUGUAUUCUCUGAAGAUACUGCUGAUAUUGGUGUUGGAUUGUUGAUUGAUGUGCUAAGGAAAAUUAGCGCUGGUGAUCGCUUUGUUCGCUCUGGAAAUUGGACUGCCAACAUUCAGUACCCUUUGGGUUCGCAGUUGGGAGGUAAGCAUGUUGGAAUAGUUGGUUUAGGCAACAUUGGUUUAAAAGUUGCAACAAGGCUAGAGGCAUUUGGCUGCAAAAUUUCAUACAAUUCCAGGCAGAAGAAACCAGUUCCCUACAAUUUCUACCCAAACGUUGGUGCACUUGCAUCCAACUGCAACGUCCUCGUCAUAUGCUGCAUAUUGAGUGUCGAAACUCGUCACAUGAUUGACAAGGAUGUUCUAAAAGCAUUGGGGAAGGAUGGCAUCCUCAUCAACGUUGCUCGCGGACCGAUCGUUGAUGAGAAAGAACUGGUGAAUUUUUUGGCUGAAGGUGAGAUUGCAGGUGCUGGUUUGGAUGUGUUUGAGAAUGAACCAAAGGUUCCUCAAGAGUUGUAUUCAUUGGAUAAUGUUGUGCUCACACCACACAGAGCUGCCUUCACAGAGGAAGCUUUUUCAAGUGCUUUCCAAAUUAUUCUGGCCAACUUAGAAGCCUUUUUCUCAAAUAAACCUUUGAUUUCUCCAGUAUAACGAUCCAUGAUACGAUUCUGUAAAAUCUUACCAUCGAUAGCACAAUCCGAAGAGGAACAUCUUUCAACAAUAA